CAGAGGAAGAAGAGAGAGAAAACGGUCUCUGCGUGUUAAUGGCGACGGAGAAACUCUCAAACCCAUCUCUGAAUUUCGGAGAUCUCACUCUCUCCAACCUCAUUUCCAGGGAGUGAGUAGUUGAGAAGAAGAGAAAUCUGGGAUGUCUUAUGAAAAAGAGGACAAGCAAUGGAGUUGUGGAAAGGCGAGUUCAAUGAAUUUGCAAAAAGUGAGUGCUAUUGUUCGCGACAUUGGAGAGCCUUGUCUUCAUCAAUCACCGAUAAAGGUCGUCAUAACUGUGGGUAAAAUGCUUAAGCCAGACAAGUGGCAGGCAACCUUUAAUAGUGAUGGAAGGGUUUUUGGGUUUCAUAAAGCACUGAAGUUGAUUGUUUUGGGGGGCGUGGAUCCAUCUAUAAGGGCAGAAGUUUGGGAAUUUCUUCUUGGUUGUUAUGCACUUGGAAGCACCACAGAGUACCGUAGGCAACUGAGGAUGGCCAGGAGGGAACGCUAUGAGGACCUACUCAAGCAAUGCCAAAUGAUGCAUUCAAGCGUAGGCACUGGCUCACUUGCCUAUGUGGUGGGAUCCAAAGUUAUGGAUAUGAGGACAUUUUCCAAAGAUGAUAAGAGAAGGGAAGCUGAAGUGAAAAGUGAACAGGCUUCCAGUGAUAAUACUAACAAAUUAGACAAUUACUAUGAUUGGAAUAAUAAUUGUACAGAUAUGUCAUUUGCAUGCCAAAGGGAAAGCUCUAGUGAUUCUGUUGACCUUGUCAGUGUGAGGGCAAGCACAGAUAGUGCAGCAUAUGACUCUUCUUAUCUUAUACCUACUUCUGGUCCAUACAACUGCAAUUCCCCAAAACCAGGGAGUGAAGAGCAUGGAUCACAAUAUGUAACUGGAACUUAUUUUGACUUUCCAGCAAUACCUGUCAUAGAUUUAUUUGAGAAGAGUGCAGAUGAAAAGAAAGAAUUUGGGAUGUUCGAUGAUAGACCAUCUACACAACAUAAAUUGAGAUUUGAAGAUGACAGUAUGCACAGUUUCCAAAUUAAUAACAAUGUAGAUUUAAUUAUGGAAUCAAAUGGUUCACCAUCUAACAAUAUCUCACAUCAUAUCAACGCUGAAAUUGAAAUGGUUCAUUCUGAUGCCAAUGAACCAGUAAUGCGGUCCAAGGAUCCAGGGUACAAAAGGGAAAUGGUAAACAGACUCAGAAUAUCCGAUGUACCUGAAACACCGAAGUUAAAUGCAACUACAUCUCAAGGAGAGGCCGUUAGUGAAGACAGAGUGUCAGAAUGGCUUUGGACACUGCACCGUAUAGUUGUUGAUGUGGUAAGAACAGAUAGUCAUCUUGAAUUUUAUGAGGAUACAAAAAAUUUAGCGAGGAUGUCAGACAUUCUUGCUGUUUAUGCAUGGGUUGAUCCCGCAACAGGAUACUGCCAAGGUAUGAGCGACUUGCUGUCUCCUUUUGUCGUUCUAUUUGAGGACAAUGCUGAUGCAUUUUGGUGCUUUGAGAUGCUUCUGAGAAGAAUGCGUGAAAAUUUUCAGAUGGAAGGUCCAACUGGAGUGAUGAAGCAGUUGCAAGCAUUAUGGCAUAUUUUGGAACUCACUGACAGGGAAAUGUUUGGACACUUGUCACGUGUAGGUGCAGAAAGCCUUCAUUUUGCCUUCCGAAUGCUGCUGGUUCUUUUCCGCCGUGAAUUGUCUUUCAGUGAUGCUCUUUGUAUGUGGGAGAUGAUGUGGGCUGCUGAUUUUGAUGAAUCUGUGGCUUUCAAAUUUGAGAACUGCCUGGAACCAUUGGAGGUACAGCUUCCAAGAGAUUCUGGUGCAGAAUCAGGAGAAGAGAGCAUAGAGAAUGGUGAUGGUGGUUCAAAGGGUGGCUUGCAAUCAAAACAUGGAAAUAUAGAACACUCCGAUUCAGAUGAAGUUGGAAUGAAAUCAGCAUCAAAUUCUCCCUUCUGUGGCUUGACAGGGAAUUUAUGGUCAAAGAAUGAUAACAUGCAAAUUUGCACUGUGGACUCAACAAGGAGUGGGGAAUAUGACUUACCUGUUUUUUGUGUAGCAGCAAUUCUCAUCAUGAACCGUCACAAAAUUAUUAGAGAAACCCGUUCAAUUGAUGAUCUCAUAAAGAUAUUCAAUGAUAAUAUGCUCAAGAUCCGUGUCAAAAGAUGCAUACACACAGCUAUCAAACUUCGGAAGAAAUACUUCUACAAGCUAAUCAAGAACAAAAGCCCAGGAGCUCACAAUGGUGAUUAGGGUUUCUCAAUUUCCUGUAUACUUCCACAACAAAAGCUCAGCCAUGGCUCCCUGUGCUUGUGUGAAUAAAAUGAGAUUCCAAAGUUUGAGUAUGGCAGAAGUUUUGUUAUAUAAUCCUUUUAUGUUGAAGAAGUAACAGUUGCACUUUGGCCCUUGGAAGAUUCAUCCAGUCGUUCGUACCUUCUAUAUCUCAUUCACCUCUGCUGCAAGGCCAGCAAUAGGACUGAGAGGUGAAAAGAAGUUCGAUUCAGUUUAUUACGGAGCAAUGAUGGAAAUCUCUUGCAGGUUAGCCAAACACGAUUUUUCUCUUUUGUUACCAUGUCAUAUGUUAUAUUUGGAGAGCUACUUAUGCAUCAACAGUUUUGGCAUUUUCCCCCCUUUUGUAUAUGGACUUUAAAGUACUCUCAAAUCUCAAUAUCAAAGUUAUUGAACAGUUACCA